AUGCGGCUGAGAUGACGCCAGCCAGUAUCAACAAGCGUUAUGCGUUUAUCGACUCGGACGCUUCCGGCAUUGACGUUUUUCUGGAUGUGCAUCCCGGGGCGCGAAGACACGAACUCUACUCCUUUUUCUGCACACCAGAGGGCAAGGAACUUGUGUACGUUCCCACAAGUCAUUUACAGCUAGGAUCAUUGUAUUCUACUCCAGUACGUAGACUUCCGUGCGUCUGGAAGCACGGUGCUGCUGCACGUCGAGACCUAGACGUAGACACUGCUUCGUCCGGAGAGAACGAGGGGAGGACAAACGACGCGAAAAGCGACGGGACCGCUGGAGAUGGCGAUGCGAUGAACCCGAAGCGUGAGGCUCGCAGAGGCAUGGAAGGCGCCGUGGUUGCUUCGACGCAUCAAGACCACGUUGACGAUAGAGGCAAAUCAGAAAAAAGGAAAACAGAAAAUGAUGAGCAAGGAGCAAGACAGAAAAAAGCAGCCAAGAAUACGAGUGAAGCAAGAGCAACUAGUACUGUAAGCCGUGGUGAAACUACUGACAGUAUCAAUAAAGAACGAAAAUCUUCUCCUAUGAAAAAUAUGCCAGCACUUGUAUCACAAGAUAAAAAACAAGAUUCUUCAACAACACAAACACUUGUCGACGGCCACGCAGCGUUUGCUUCUUGGCUUUUGGGAGCCUUCGGGGACGCGGACGAAUUGAUCGUUCGAAUCGGAGUGCAGGACCGGAACUUCUUUGAGUUGGUGCGUCGCUACAUGGCCGAGAGCGACCGGCGGCAGAAAUUGUAUUUGGACGGUCUUGCCACAGACCAGGGAGCCCCACGCCAGGGACCACGGAUCAAAAAAGUGUACGUAACGGAGGGCCACGUGCUGGCAGAGGAACCUUCGAUGUCGGGGCAGCAAACUUACCACGGAGGUGCUGGAGUCAGCCAUUAUACUCUUGGUGGCCGUGGUGCGGCCCUUUCAGCUGAGACAGCAUCUUCCUCUACUCUCGAUAGCAAAGCACUACUGGCAAACGCAUUACCAGGGCCAUUGGGAACAGGUUCCUCGCCGUCCAAGAACAAUAAUCCUCGAAAUAUAGCCUCCAGGCAGGAUGCGUCGCCUCUCGAGGUGCCCGAUGCUUCGCUUCUCGGCGACAAUAAGGUGCUCGUUUGGCCGCUUGGCGGAAAUCCCGCUGAUAUGUGGCAGGUGAAUACGUUCGAGUCUGCGGAUCGGAACCUGCCGGUUUUGCGGUCCUGCAUGCCUCGCGCCGAGGCGCAGCGAGAACAGGCGCUCAUAGCCAUCAAAGUUUCGAUGGAGCUCGCUCCAGCUGCGGACUUCGUGCAGCGAUGGCGUGCACUGAUUGGGCCGAUCGAGCGUCUCAGCGACGUGGUGUUGCAGGGGACAAAUGUCGGAGGGGAGCGCUCUUCGAAGCCGAAUGAGAUCGCGUCAUCUGAACAACAACUCCUCAGUGAUAAUUACAACAAGGAGAGUAACAAGGGGACGUUGACCGCGUUUGUCUUCUCUGAAUUUGUAGAGCAGUUUCCGAAAGUGGUGCGUUCAUGGCAGACACAAGGAGUGUCCGUACAGGCGCGUUGUUGUCGCGGGACGACGCGUUUGGUGCAGAAUGGGGAGAAAGGAGAAUCAUCCGCUGCUCUGGAGAAAGACAUUUUGGAACGGGGUUUUGUGAAAGCCUUUCGUACGUUUCGAAAUUUCCUUGAUCCGGUGCCCAAAUUCCUACUCGCUGAAGGCGAUGUAGUUCCGCCCUUGAUGAAGUUCACUGCAAAUCGGCUCGGGUGGCAAAUUGUGCAGCCAAGCUUGGUUCUUCCACCAGAGAUUAUUGUUGCACCUCCGUCAGACACGGCUAGUGUGCAACAGCGGGACAACAGUGGGGACUUGCAGAGACCACUUCCAGGAGAUUUUGAUGGUCCUCUUGCUUUCGGCGACAAUACAAAGUGGGACGCUGCGUGGGCGGGAGGCGGCAGCGUUCCGGUUGGAGAUCUGAGCGAGGACGCUCUCGAAACGCCAGUGCUGAGUGAGAACACACAGUCGCUAGGGGGUCCCGGCUCUGGCUCUACACAGCCGAGAACUUAUUUCAGCGGCCCUUAUGCGGCUCCGCAGUUUCAAAAUGCCGCACAAUCGGACAUGACCCUAGGAGUGCAACAACCGAUUGCACCACCUGCAGCACCAGCUCUAACAGCCCCGUUGUCCUCGGACGGUUCACCUGCAACAACUAGUUUCAACCCGUCGUGGUAUGGAAGUUUAUGGCCUACAACGUCUGCGCGCUUGGGAGAUGCGGAGGCAAGGAUCGCACAAUUACUGGAAGACCCGCUAGAAUAUGUAAUCCGAAGACCAGUUUCAGAAGCAAGGCAAGACGGAGGCAUUUUGGUUUUCGAGCCUUACUUCAUGUACGAGGUCAUCGAACCGUUUUUUGACGAAGCUAGAUUCGCAGGAGUCCAUCUUGCCGCACUCUCAGACUGCGCUUAGAGGAAGUUGCUGCAACCUGGUGCAUAGAAUUAUUACUUGGAGGUUCUCGUUGUCAUCAACGUCGAAGCGCGAAUAUUAUCUCAUCUGUAGUUAUACGAAUUACGCCUCUGGUGCAAGUUAAGAGAACAAAGCUGCACUACAUCAGAAAUCGUCGUUUUCAUUUCGUACUCCUUAGGUCGAGCGCGCAGUAUUUUCCUCAGUAUUUCUGUAUCGGCUGCAGAGGCAUGGAUAGGCGUGUCGGUUUUCACGAAAAAAAGAUUAAAAUUGUUGACUCG